GAACGUGGAGUUACAUGCAUACAAUCAUACGGCUAGCUUGCACAUGAAGCAAUGAAGUUCAGUUAGUGUUGUACAUUUCGGGGUGUUGGUUGUUAUUGUGUAUUCGCUUGCAACUUUGCGACAUUUUUUUUGUACGCAUUUACCCAUGGUAGUGACAGAUUGGCAACACAAAUUAUCAGCGCGUGUCAUGAGAAUUAUACAACGAUUAGCCUUUUUGAAGUAGUACUAAUUAAAUCAGUAAUAAAAUAAACGACAGUCAUAGCCAAUUUAGUUGUGCGGUUCUGAUUGAAGCUUAAAAGCGUAGAUUUUUCAAAAUUUUCCGCAAAACAACGUAGUAGAGUUUAGUGAUUUUGUUGACGGAUAACAAACAACAAAGUAGUCAAAGGAAAAGUUAUUCUAUAUAAAAUAAAAUCGACUAUAACUGCCACAAAAUCAAAUUUUGGAUAUUUUACUUUGGAUAAUAAGCAGUUCAUCCUCAAGAUGUCACUUUUAAGCGGUAACAGCCAUUCCUUGUCUGAGGAGGAGCUUGAUGAAUAUUCCGAUGGCACAGUUAAAUUGCGCAACUCCAACAUCGAAUUAAUGGAUCAGGAUAUACUCUAUCAUCUCGCUUUGGGCAGUGAAAGCCAUGAUUUGCAAGAAAUGUUCGGUGAUGUUAAAUUCGUUUGCAUGGGCGGAACACCAAAGCGCAUGGAAAACUUUGCACAUUUCAUAAUGUCGGAAAUAGGUUAUAAAUUACCCGCCGGUACAAAGCUGGAAGAUAUUAGCGCCUAUUCAUAUCGAUACUCAAUGUACAAAGUAGGUCCGGUGCUUUGCGUUAGUCACGGCAUGGGAACACCCUCUGUCAGCAUAUUGUUGCAUGAAUUGAUAAAACUCAUGUACCAUUCCAAGUGCCAAGAUCCCAUAUUUAUACGUAUUGGCACUUGUGGUGGUAUCGGAGUUGAGGGGGGUACUGUUAUCAUCACCGAAGAAGCGCUCGAUAGCCAUAUGCGGAAUGCACAUGAAUUUACGAUCUUGGGUAAAACUGUGCUGCGGCCUGCUAAACUCGAUAAGAAACUGGCACGCGAACUGAAGGCACUGGCCAGUGAGGAUGAUCCGUAUGACACGAUUAUCGGCAAAACUCUAUGUACAAAUGACUUUUAUGAAGGUCAAGGUCGUUUGGAUGGUGCUUUCUGUGAAUUCACCGAAGCCGAAAAAAUGGAAUAUUUAGAAAUGUUAAGCAGCAAAGGUGUUGUCAACAUCGAAAUGGAGAGUACUAUUUUUGCCGCACUUACAUAUCACGCUGGCAUUAAGGCGGCGGUAGUCUGCGUUGCGUUAUUAAAUCGAUUGAACGGCGAUCAGGUCAACGCGCCCAAAGAAGUAAUGCAUGAAUGGCAAAAUCGACCGCAAACACUUAUUUCACGUUAUAUCUGCAAAACGUUAGCGCAGAAGGGGCAGCUGAAAUCGCUUUCUCGAGGAUCAAUUAAAUCACCUCGGCGUUUUAAGCUGGUACAACAGGAGUCACAGGCGCAUGAAUAAGCUCACAUAAUCAUUUAUAUGUAUCUAUUAAGACGAAAAGCAUUCGUUGCCAGAUUGGCAAUUUAUGUACAGAAUGUCUUUAAAUCAAAUGCAUAAUUUAGCAUAAUUAUAUAAAAAGUUGCAUACUCCUUCAUACAUACAUACGCACAUAAAAAAAUGAAUAAGUUAUCAAAAUUAAGAAGGUAAAAUAAUUGUUAGAACUACUCCAUACAAAACAUUCCAGAAAAGCGUUAAAAGACAAAAACUUCGCCAAUGUUCAAUAAAAUAUAAAAAUAUUUUGUAAAAAUAAAAUUUGGCAAAAAGUGAAAAGUUAAUGUUAAAAAAUCACAUUGCUGAAAAGUUGAAUACGCCGCUUUCUCCAAGCACGCAUUGUAGGUCGAAAUGCUUAUUUAUUUAAAACCAGCUUUAAUAUAUUUUUAAUAAUAAUUAUUGUUUUUAAUUAACUAGUUUUAUUUCAAAGCAACGAAGAAAACAUUUUACAAAAGAGAUGCAUCAGCAAGUAAUUUCAUUAUUUUAAGUGGUUACUCGAAGCAUUUGGAUACAUAAA